CAUGUCGGUAUCAUGAAAAGCUGUCACUAUCGGGGCCGCAGCAGUCGUUGGCGCCAUUGCAGGACCUAUCAUUGUCACUGCUACUGUCGCUAGUGUUGGUUUCGGCGCUGCUGGGAUCGCAGGUGGAAGCCUAGCCGCCUCGUUUAUGUCCUCAUACGGAGGUACAGUUGCUGCCGGUUCAGCUUGUGCGGUUCUCCAGUCCAUUGGUGCAGCUGGACUAGGGACAGUUGGAACGAUUAUCUCCGGAGCGACAGUAGGUGCUGUAGCCGCAGGAACCACAGCAGUAGCUGGACCAGAAUCUCCAACUUCUGGCGCCACAAGCGUUGCAAAAGCCACAGUCGCUGGCGCAUCGCUUGGAGUAGCUAUAGUUGAAACCGCUACUUCUUUAGUGGCCGAAGCCAUGCACAGAGUGCUAACGGGGAGGUGGAAGUAGACAUGGAGAAGGGGAAACGACAAUCAAAAGUUGGUGAACCACACGUGAGACAGGUGAAAAUGGCACAGCAGCAACCGCUUAGUAUCACAAUG